AUGCCGGCAACAUCUUCGGGACGUAUAGUCAAGUCCCGGAAGGGCAAGAACAGCACUCCCCACCAGAAGAACCACCGAUGGGAGUCCUUCUCGACCAAGAUCUCGAAGCUGCACUCGCUCGACCCGCUGCGCAAAGUGCGCCGCCACGACCUCGACGCCGAAGACCUCGAGGCAACCACUUCCUACUUCAAGAAUGGCCUUGACAAGUGGGCCGACCUCGACAUCUCCAAGGGCUUCACCUCCUUCAAGCGCGAGGUGCUGCCACUAUGCGAGAGCCUACCGCAGAUCCUGCAUUUCGAGGGCAGGAUCAUGGACCUGUUGGAGAAAUACAUAUCUGCUCAGGAGAGGGAGUCUCUAGAGUCGCUUCUGGACCUGCUUACCGCCUUUGCCCAUGACCUCGGCACGCGCUUUGAGAAGCACUAUCCCAGGGCUCUCACUCUGAUCACCCAAAUCGCCAGCAAACGCCACGAUGCCGACGUGAUCGAGUGGACCUUUGCUUGUCUGGCCUUCCUCUUCAAGUAUCUAUCCCGGCUCUUGAUCACAGAUAUUCGACCUACAUACGACGCCGUUUCGCCCCUUCUCGGGAAAGCACGAAACCCGCAGUACAUCGCCCGCUUCGCCGCCGAGGCAAUGAGCUUCAUGAUCAGGAAAGCCGCCGCCCCAUCACACAGGGAGAAAGCUCUGCCGCUGAUUAUUGAACAUGCGCGGGAAGACCUCAAAAACACCCGCGGCGACCGACAGUACGAGCUUUACUACCAUGGUAUUAUGACCAUGUUUGCCGAAGCCAUCAAGGGGCAAGGACACGGAGUGCACACAACCGGACCGGCUAUUCUCCAAGCGCUGGUUGCAUCCGUGCCUGACGAGGAGUGUUACACACAGCUGUCAGAAUCUUGGGCAGAGGUGGUGUGCGGUGUUGCUGUGAGCGUUGUGCAUCACACAAAUUCCGAAACAUUCGAGCCCAUUGCGCAAGCCAUCUACGAGACCGAGGUCUACCAGUCCGGUGACCAGAAGCAUCUCCGCAACAUCCUCCCUAUCCGUCUUGCUGGUGUUGUGGCUGGUGUCCGCAAGGGAACCAGGAUCUCUGACUGGUCCCCAUUGCUUGAGUUUCAGCGCAAAUGCCUCGACGCGCUUUGCGAUGGGCAAGCAGACCUCCAGAUGCUCGAGUCAUCAGCGAUAUGGGACUUCGUCAUCGUUAGCAUAGCUCUUGUAUGGCAGCAUGCGUCCUUCGAUGCGCUUACUCCACACAUAUCAGACCUCAUGAAGUCGAUGGCCAAAGAACCCCUGAAGCCAUGGUUCAUAUCGUUCUGCUCAUAUUUCUCAGACCUGGACCCCAGCAAGUUCCGGAGUUUGUUUCUUACAUACUUCCAGAAAUUUGUCGGAUCGCAUUGGUCGGAGGACUCUAACCAGGACAUCCUCUACGUCCUCCUACCAAGGAUGGUUGAGUCUCAGGCUCUGCCAUCUCUCAGCGAUGCUAAAGCAUUCCAACUUCCGCAAUCAUGGCAAGACAGCAUCAUGAAAACGUUUGGACAGCUGGAAGAGUCUCCUUUCCCAGAGUCGGAUUCCAAGGCUGACAAAUGCUUAUCGAAAUACUCGUCCAUGUUGCGAUUGCUGGACUGCGUGAGCGUCGAUACUAGGACCAUCAAUCUCAUUUCCGAGAGGCUACUGGUAAAGCUCAAACUUGCUUUGCGCCCAUCCGAAUCCCUCGAGACCAACGAAGCCCGUUUCAUUGUCAGUCAAGGAUUCUCCUCAUACCUUCGAAUGAGUAAAAUCAGCGGCCAAGUCGAUGAAUCUUUAGGUCCUCUCCUUAGGGCAGCAGCACCUCGAUACUGCCGCUUGGUAGGCUUUCUCGAGGCCAUGCUCGCGUAUGAAGAACAGUCUUCCACUCCGGGAAGCUCAAUGUCCGGAAGCGGUAGUACGAGCCCUGAAAAAGACGACGCUCUUGUCAAGAGUCUGACUGAUAACCUGGCUUCUCAAUCCCCUGAACUACGCCUGGCCUCCCUGCGGCUGCUGAGUAACCUGGAAUCUGCCCAUGAUCAGCUGGAAGCUCUUGCCACAAUGUUGCAGACGGAACAGACAUCUUUAGAUCUACAAAACGUUCGUGCUAUCUCGGUCCACCUUCGCAAACUUGCGGCUAUUUAUCCUCAAAUCAACGAAGACUCAUGGCUGCGCCAAGCUAUUCCGUCUUUUCUGUUUGGGAUGAUGACCGUGAGGCUUAUGCCUGUUUGGGAGACUGCGGUUGAGGCCUUAAAACAACUGGGCCAAUCUCAGACCGGAGAAGAAGCUCUUUGUGAUCGCGCCUUUCACUGGCUUGAUAUUCCGUCGAAACGCUGGGAUGGCCCUGGAAGACAGUCAACAGGUCCUGCAAGGCAAGGCGUGACUGAUUUUGAGUGCUUGAAUCUCAACAAACUGCGGGAAAAGGCUGAUGAUGCGAGACGAGUCGCAAUUGAAGCGUCUGACAUCAUCCAGCAAGACUUUGAGGAAAGUCAAGAGAUGGUGCCGGAGAAGCCAAGCAAUGCACGCUCGCAGGCAUUGAAGGUGCUUUCGGCUAGUCCCAAUCUCGCAGAGAAGCGAUCGCGCAAACUAGUGCCUAUAUUUCUUUCGUGGGCAUUGGACAGCGAUGAUCAUGAUGAAAGCCUCGAAGAAGAGUCAGCUGCAGCCAACGGCGGAUCUUGGUCGCUGGCAGACAGAAAAGCACUUCUUGGCGUGUUCGCGCAGUUCAUCAACCCAAGAGUUCUCUACCAAAGCCAGCAAGUCUACGAGUCCCUCCUGAGAUUGCUUGCCAACGGCGACAUCGAGGUGCAGAAGGCAGCAUUGAAGGCCAUCUUUGCUUGGAAGCAAGACGGCGUUAAGCCGUAUCGGGAAAACCUCGAGUACUUGCUGGACGAAGCGAGAUUUAAGAAUGAAUUGACCGUGCUUUUCCAAGGAGACAAUCAAAUCGAGCCCAAGCACCACGACGAGGCCAUGCCAGUUCUCCUGAGGCUCCUUUACGGUCGCACAAUAUCUAAGAAGGGUGUUGCUAGUGGUCGGGGCGGCCUUCAUGCCACACGACUUGCCGUCCUCAGAAAUCUUAGCGUUCAGGACAUGGGAGGGUUCCUGGAUAUCGCUCUAGGUCAUCUGCGCGACAUUCAAAUCAUCGAUGAGAAGUCCACCCUGCGAGAAGAAGUAGUCAACCGUGAUAUCACUACUGUUCGCAAACAGGUCGGAUUCUUGAACAUGAUUUCGUCCAUGAUCAACGAGUUGGGUGCCAGCGUCAGUACCUACACCUCUACAAUUCUCAAUGCUGUACUAUACAGCUUGAUCAGUGCUUGCAGAAAAUUGGGACGUGCCAAGGACGACACAGAAGAACACGAAACAGAUGGGAAUAUUUCCUUGCUUCGGAACGUCCGGAGUAUCGCCUUGAAGUGUAUGGUCUCACUCCUUCAAAAUGCACCAGAUUUCAACUGGACGCCAUAUUCAAAGGCUGUUGUCAAGGAGGUGCUUAUGUCUACAUUCUCAACAAUACCCAAGACUGCCUUGUUCCUGGGGCUUGACGACCGUAUCAUUCCGAAACUGACGGACUUACUGCUCGUCGAAAAGGCCAAGGACGACGUCAAGAUAUUUUCUCUUGGUAUCUUGCGCAACCUUAUCAAACUCGCUGUAGCGCCGGCCACAGAGUCUGAGUUCAACGAAUUGAUCAAAGAGGAUCUUCUUGAUCCAAACUUGGAGCUGAUUCUCAACAAGAUUGGCCGUCUUCUUCGAUCCCAAGAGCGUUCCGAUGACGAGCCUGGGAAGGAGCUCGGAAAAGACUUGUUGGGGGCUUGCGUUGAGACCAUUGUCGAGCUAUCACCACUCAUCCAACAGUCUGGGAACACGAGGGAAUUGAUUGACAUUUCGGUCUUCCUUCUGAACCAACCGCCGCGCCGCGUUCACCCUAAGAUCAAAGGAGGUGUGCUCACUAUUCUGGAGACCUUCUUGCAGUUAGGUGGGUUGUCCUUGGAGUCAGACAUCAGGGAGCGGAUCUACACGACUAUUUCCAGUCUCUACAGCUUCUUUAAGGACCGACCCAGUCGAGAAGCCUUGUCCAGGGUACUUCGAGCUUUCACCCCCGAGAACACAGAAAUUGCAGAUUUCUGUGCAGAGCUGAACUCUUAUGUCGAGGGUCGUAUUGAUGAACCUGCCUACAAUCGGCGAUUGGCCGCUUAUAAUGCCAUCUCCAAACCGCGGUCAAAGCCUUUCACCCCGCGAGACUGGGAGCCGCUGCUGCAGAACAUGCUUUUCUACAUCAAGCAUGAUGAAGAGUACGGAAUCCUCUCGUCUAACUCAGCUGAUAUCAUGUGCCGAUUUGUCGAUGCUGCCGCCUCAGCUGGCGAAGGAGACAAAGAAGUGUACCAACAGAUGUUGUCCACUAUGAUCCUUCCCGCCGUAUUCUCCGGUGCUAGAGAAACAUCAGAGACCGUGAGGAGAGAAACUGUUCGCGUCCUUGGGUACUUGGUCUCCCAUGUUCCCACAUGGGGCCCAGUCAGUGAUCUGGUCGGGCUAGAUCCCCCUCCAGAUGAGAACGACACAGACCCUAGUUUCUUCAGUCAUAUCAUGAGCCCGGCUGCCUCAAGGCAGAUGAGAGCGCUGCAACUUCUCUCAAAGGUCAACCAUCACAUUGAGCUGGCUAGUCGCAAUCUAGCUCACUUUUUCAUUCCGUUGCUUGAGCACUUCAUAUUUGGUCGAGAUGAUGGCGAAGACGAUCACGGGGUCGGCGCCCAGGCAUCGACUACCAUUGCAGAUCUGGCCAUUUCUUUGGAGUGGCCGCAAUAUCGUGCGAUACUCAGCAGGUACAUCAGUUACAUUAAGUCGAAACCCGAGUUCCAGAAGCAGGUCAUUCGGCUGUUAGGCAAGCUCAUUGACGCACUUGCUACUGCCGGUAACGACAAAUAUGGAGAUGCCAUGGAUUUGGACGAUGCCGCUGAACAGCCGGCCAAGACGAAACGCAGACUUGCAAGCACAAUGCCUGCGCAGGAGAAGUUUAGCGAUGACGUUCUGUCCAACAUUUUGCCUCCUCUUAUGGAUUAUAUUCAUGAGAAAGACGAGACUACUGUCAGCUCCCGUGUCCCUGUUGGUGUCAUCAUCGUGAGGCUGCUCAAAGUUCUGCCGACAGGACUCCUGGAGCAAAAGCUGCCUGGAGUGCUGACAGAUAUUUGCCAAAUUCUUCGCAGCAAGGCAUGGGAAUCUCGGGAGAUGGCACGCGACACGUUAGCAAAGAUGGCUUCUCUGCUUGGCCCUUCUUACUUUGGAUUCAUCCUCGAUGAGUUGAGAGGCGCGCUGACCAAAGGCUAUCAAAUGCACGUGCUAUCGUACACCAUGCAUACGCUUUUGGUUCAAUUGAUCCCUCAGAUCCAGCCGGGUGACCUCAAUUACUGUCUCGAGAAGAUCAUGGCUAUCAUCAUGGACGACAUCUUCGGCGUUACAGGCCAAGAAAAGGACGCCGAGGAGUAUACCAGCAAGAUGAAGGAAGUGAAAAGCAGCAAGAGUCAAGAUUCAAUGGAGCUCAUUGCCAAAACUGCAUCCAUCAGUCAUCUUGUUGAGCUGGUUCGGCCUUUGCAGUCACUCCUUCUCGAGAAACUUGACCUCCGGACGAUGCGGAAGAUUGAUGACCUGCUGAAUCGAAUUGCCAACGGCCUCCUCGGCAACCCAGCUGCAGAGAGCCGGGACACCCUGGUGUUCUGCUAUGAGGUGAUCCAACAAGUCUACGCCAGCGACAAGCCCCAGGCAGAAAUCAAGCUAAAUUACAAGCUUCGCCGAUAUCUGGUCCAAAAAGGAGCCAAGAAGAGCGGCGAACGCGGUUCGACCAACAAGUACACGUUCAAGCUGGUUAGAUUUGCCUUUGAUAUCCUCCGAUCAGUACUCAAAAAGCAUGACAGCCUACGCAAUGCGGGCAAUAUUUCCGGCUUCAUCCCAAUCUUUGGUGAUGCGAUCGUCGAAGGCGAAGAAGAGGUGAAGAUUGCCGCCUUAAAGCUUUUGACUGUGCUUGUCAAAGUGCCAUUCAAGACCGACGAUUUUUCGAAUCUUUACAAAGUCGCAGUCAAAGACGCAAUCAAGAGCAUUUCGACCUCGACAUCUACAACCAGCGACCUUGCUCAGACUGCCCUCAAGCUUGUCUCAGUGACAUUGAGGGACCGAAAAGAUGUGCCAGUCAAAGACGCUGCCGUGGACAUGCUUCUCGGUAAGCUCAAGGACGACCUAACGGAACCUCUGUAUCGACAUGUCACGUUCAAUUUCUUGCGGUCAGUUUUGGACCGUAAGGUAGAGACUGCUGCUGUUUAUGAUACCCUUGACAAUGUAGGCAGCAUCAUGAUCACCAAUGACGAUAAGGACACCCGAGACCUUGCACGAGGCGCUUUCUUCCAAUUCCUGCGCGACUACCCACAAAAGAAGAACAGAUGGGAAAAGCAGCUCAGAUUUGUUGUUGCCAAUCUGAAGUAUGACCGCGAAGGCGGCAGACUUUCUGUUAUGGAGGUUAUCCACCUCCUUUUGAUGAAAUCCGCCGACGACUUUGUGCAGGAGAUUGCCGGCACCUGCUUCUUGCAACUAUUCCUUGUUCUGGGCAAUGACGAUAGUGAAAAGUGCCGACUCGCAGCCGCCGAGCUAAUCAAGGAGAUAUUCCGCAAGGCAAACAAAGAACGGACUUCGGAGUUCCUCAAAAUGCUUCGAAAAGGUCUUCAACAGGACGAGAACCAGUCAAUUUUACGACUUGCUAUUCAGACAUUGAGCCUGUACUUUGAAGCAAGAGAACCCAGCGCGCGAGACGAAGACGAUCUGCAGCGCAUCAUUGAGAGAAUUGUCGAGAUUCUAGAUGCCUACACUGCCUAUGCUAAAGAUUGGGAACUCAUCAACGUCAUUGUCGAGAUUGUGUCCGUUCUCAUGGACAAGCAUAAGGCUGCGGUCUUGUCACAUGAGGCUCUGUGGCACGCUAUCGGAAAGCCUCUCGCAUCGACCCAUCCCACGGUCAAGAUUUCCAGUAUAAGGUUGCUUAACAAGUAUCUGGACGACUUUUCCGAGAACAAUGGAGAGUACGACCAAGAUAAGCUGCUUGAAGGCUCUCAUGGUCUCCAGCUAGAGAAGGAUGCUAUCGAAGCCCUCGUCAAACUGGCCGUCAACAUCCUCAGCCCCGGCACAGUUGCUAAAUGGCAGAAGCGUAUGGCAAAGAAGACCCCUGGAGCUGUCCAAAUCGAGACCUCCUCAGAGAACCCAGAUGUGGAUGAGAAUCUUGCUGGUGAAGUCGUCCAGACUAUCGCUAGACUCGGAAAAUUCCUGGAUCCCAAGCCAACAGCAGCUGAGAAGAAGACAGCAUCUGAUGAGGAGUCUGAGAAUGUUGAUGCGGAAUCUGAUGAUGAUUCGGACGAUAGCGAGGAAGAGGAAUCUCCCAAGGCUCACCGGGUCACCUUGCACACCGUUUUCACCUUCCUUUCGGACAUCUUGGUCUCUGAAACGGCCACGCGAGCACCUGCACUGGUACCCAAAGUGGCAGCCAUGCAGCUCCUGCAACACUUCAUCGACACGUCCGCGACCGAGACCCUGGCCCUGUCGCUCAACAUGCUUCUCUUCCCCCUGCACCACGUGACGGACCCCUCGAUCCCGAUCCCCUACUCGACGGACCCGCUCUUCAAGCCGCGCGUCGAGGAGAUCCAGGAGAAGGCCCGCGAGCUGAUGGCUACCCUGCAGGCCAAGCUGGGCACCGAGGCGUACACGCGCGAGCUGCUCGACAUCCGCGAGGCCGUGCGCCGCCGCCGUCAGGGCCGCGCCCGCAAACGCAAGAUCGAGGCCGUCGCCCAGCCCGAGCGCUACGGCAAGUGGAAGCGCGGCAAGCUUGACAAGAAGAUCAAGAGGCGCAAGGAACGCGCCGGCGAGGAGAGGGUCAGACGCCACGGCGCGAAGUACUAG